UAAAAUUUUACGCAUUUGUGUCUUGUGUGUGUGUUUUUUUUUAAUUUACAAAUUUCCGCAAGAAUCUUGAAAUACGGAAGUGUCUGUCUGUUAAAAUCUUUUCGUGUUUUAUUUCUGUGUGUAGUGUAGCAAAUUAAAAAAAAAUUGUACGGUUUUGUUGUGUGGUCAAGGCCAAGCGUAAUUUCAACAAUAAACAACAACUGCUAGCGAGUUAGUUUGGGUUGGUGGUACCACAUAUCAAAAGAUUUUUCCUUAAAUUUGACUAAACAAAUAUAAAAAGACAACUUUACAAAUGGCUUCUACGGCAGUACCUCCUUCAGCUCCUCCACCACCAGCUGGUCCAGCUAAAGUAGGUUUACCUUCGAAAAUUUACAAUGGUUUAAUAGGUGCCGUUGACAAACAUGUGCCUGCUAAAUUACGUCCUUUAUGGAAUCAUCCAGCUGGUCCCAAAACUGUAUUCUUUUGGUCGCCUAUGUUUAAAUGGGUAAGUUUUAUAUAAUCAAUGUAAAAUAUUAUAAUUUUAUUUAGAAACGUACUGUGUUGUGUUGUUGGUUUUGUACUGUAAAAUUC